AUGCAUAGUAAUCGAGAUAAACGUGGUUUUUCGUUAUAUUUGUUGUACUUUAAUAAAGUAACUUUAUAACUAUUUUACAAGUUUUAAAUUACAAUAUGCCGGGUUGUGCUGUAGCAGGCUGCAGAAAUUUUAACAAAAACACUAAAGGCAGCGACAUAAAAUAUUUUCGAUUUCCGAAAAACGGAGAUAUGGCAGCGCAGUGGGUGAAUGCGUGCAAGAGAAAGGAUAAAAUUAAUUUAAAAAACGCUUGCAUUUGUUCCGUGCACUUUGCCGAAGGUUGUUCUGAAAUACCAUUAAGACAAAGAAUGCUGCAGUAUUGUCCGAAAAAUAGCCGCCACUUAAAACCAGAUGCAAUACCGACAUUGCGUCUUCCUGGUACUUCGAAAGCAACAGAUGAAACCAAUUGUUCUUUGAGGUUAGAAAAAAUAGAGUGUAAAGAAGAAUACAUGGAUAUUACUAUUAAAGACGAACCAUUAACUUCUGUUGCCACAACAUCUACUCCCUCAAUAUUUAACAAAGAUAACAAUUUGUUAAACAAAAAAAUAAAAACUUUGGAGGAAGAAAACGUUAAAUUAAAACAAGAAGUUGAAGAUGCAAAGAAUGUAACAAUAAAAAGGUAUGAGGACGCAUUGGCCCAAGUAUUUACCCCGGGACAGAUAGAAAAACUACUGAAUCCAAACAAGGAAAUUGAUUGGACUUCGGAGGAAAUAGCUUCAGCUAUUUCCCUGUACAGUGUGAGUCCUCUAGCAUAUAGGUAUCUCAUACUAGCUCACAACUAUCCACUGCCAGAAAUUUUGACUUUGAGGAAUAUAAUUUUCAAUUUAAAGUGA